UAAAAUAUUUGAUGAAAAUGAUGAUAUUUUUGAUGAAAUGUAUGAGGAAUCUGUUUCUUAUAAACAACCUGAAAACAGUAACAGUAUUUCUGUUAGCUCAAGCAAUAAAACGUCUUCAAUUCCUAAUGAUCAAUCUCCAAAAAAAAAAGUUAAAUUAAAUAAAUGCAGAAGUGAUGAUGAAACAUGUGUUAAAUGCCAAGUUAAAACAAUAAAUUUGCGAAAUGAGUCGAUACUAUGUGGUUGUAAGCUUCAAUAUGAUAGUGACACAGGUAACAUGAGUAAUCACCUUCGAAAUAUAUAUAAUUUAAAUAAAACUCAAGAUAAGCAACAUCAAGAGAAUACUGAUUCAGAAACAUCAGAUAAUUCUGAUAAUGAACCUUUAGACUAUAUGUAUAAUUCUGAUGAAAGU